AUGAAGGCAUACCUCUACGACAACCAGCCGGGCGACCAGCGCCAGCCCCACGACUCAGGCAAGGCCGUGACCACGGACGCGCUGGCCCGCGUGGGCGUGCUGUACCUGCACGCGCCCUCCAUCUCGGAGGUGGACGCGCUCGCCAGCGAGCGGGGGUACAAGAACCGCGACGAGGUCAAGGUGUCGCCGCAGACCAUGGGCGACGUCUACGAGGAGAAAGUGCGAUCCUUCUUCCACGAGCACCUGCACGAGGACGAGGAGAUCCGGUACAUCCGCGGCGGGAGGGGCUACUUCGACGUGCGCAACGAGGGCGACGAGUGGGUGCGCAUCGAGCUCGAGAAGGACGACCUCAUCAUCCUGCCGCCGGGGAUAUACCACCGCUUCACCACGGACGAGACGAAUUAUGUCCACGCCAUGCGGCUCUUCAAGGAGGAGCCCAAGUGGACGCCGCUGAACAGGAGCAAUGAGCUGGACGAGAACCCACAUCGGAAGGGGUACGUGAGCCAGUACUUGAGCUGA